AUGGCCUCAGACAGGUCACCGCCUCAGAAGUCACUGCCGCACCAGCACACUGCGAGGCUCAGUUCAUCUCCAUCCGCAGCCCGUCGAAUGCCCACUCCCGGUCUUGCUUCUCGGACGGGUUCCGUAGAGUCUCCCAUCCCCCAAGGGGCCGCCACCGGGAACGACCUGCAAUCGCAACCGCCAUCUAUGGCUGCCACUGCUUCACCGGCGUCCGAGACCACUCUCACGGCUACCGAGCCGCCCAGCGCUUCUACGACUCCCGCUCCUCCGUAUGGCACUCGCUCCAGAGGGCGCAAUGCAGCGCCACGUCCCAAUUACGCGGAAGACCGCGACAUCGACAUGGAUUUGGAGAUUGCCCAGCCCGCGCCCAAAUCGGCUAAGCGGACGAGCGGCAUCGCGGGUCCUCCUGUAAAUGGCACCAAAAUUGAAGCCGAGAAACUGGCUUCCUCAUCAAGUUCUCGGAGAAGUCUGACGGCGACAAAUGGCUCGACGCCCACCGCCGCAGCCAAGGACCUCAUCCCCGGCACCUCUUCAUUUUCUUCUAAAGCAGAGGAAGCCAAUGGCAUAGCGAAUUCGUCCAGGAAACGAAAACAACCGCCUAGCUCGACGAGCACUCCCACACCCAACGGAAAUGCCGCGAAGAAAUUAUUUACGUCCGCUCCAGGAGGCAGUCCUCACCAACCGGACACGAAUAUGGUCAGUUUUGAGGAGCGUGGCGCUUAUUUGGAGGAUGGAAAGCUCAGGGCGGAUGACGGCACCACGUUUGCCGUAAAUGACCAUGUUUACCUCAUUUGUGAGCCGCCAGGCGAACCGUAUUACUUGGCGCGAAUUAUGGAGUUCCUCCCUUCUAAGAACACCGCCUCGGGCCCGAUCGAGGCGUUACGCGUGAAUUGGUAUUACAGGCCACGUGACAUCCAACGCAAGGUUGCAGAUACGAGAUUGGUCUUCGCAUCCAUGCACUCCGAUACCUGCCCACUCACUUCUCUGCGUGGCAAAUGUCAGAUCUCGCAUCUGUCCGAAAUUUCGGACUUCGAUGAGUACAGGAAGACCCGGGACUGCUUCUGGUACGACAAAAUGUUCGACCGAUACAUUCAUCGAUACUACGACGUGAUUCCGACAAGCAAGGUCAUCAACGUCCCCGGCAACGUUAAAAAGGUCUUGGAUGAACGGUGGAAGUUCGUUUUGGUUGAAAUUGGCCGACGGAAGGAGUUAACCAGUGCCGUCAAGACGUGCAAACGGUGCAGUCUAUAUGCGGCAAAUACGGACUCCGUGGAUUGUGCUGUUUGUCAUAACACCUAUCACAUGUAUUGUGUCCGACCGGUUUUGACGAAGAAGCCCGCCCGAGGUUUCGCGUGGGCCUGUGCAGCAUGCAGUCGAGCUCAGGAACGAAAGCUGGAGGCACGGAAUACUCCGUUGCUUGGCGAUGCGCAGCACCCCGAAGGUGAAGAGGAAGUCGUCGAAGAGGAAGAAGAGGAUCCUAACGCCGCUGCGAACGGUACCACAGGCAGCACCCCAGCUCCCGUUGAGGAAGAGGUUCGACCAGCAACUGAGGAACAAGUGGCACAAGCCAGAAUGUGGCCUUACCGCUAUCUGGGAAUUCACUGUCGGGUCGAGGACGCUCUCGACUAUGAUGACCGCAUAUAUCCGCGGGCCAGCUCCCGGUUGGGACCUCGACAUCAGGCAAUGGUAAUUCCGUGGCAUGGGAGACCGGUGGAAUACGUUAAACCAAUCGAUAUCAAGAAGAAAUACCUGAGAGGCUCUGGGGGCCGGAAGGACUCCAAGCUGUCCAAAGAAACGCUUGCUGCGAUUGAAGCUGCCAAACAAGAGAAAGCGAAUCGACCCAAAUGGGUCAUGGACGAGCCUACGGGAUACGUGCGCCGGGGCGAAGAUGAGCCGGUCCCAGUGGCCGGGAAGCAAAUCCGUACCGCCGAGCUAAUGUUCAAGAUGCCCACUGCAGGACAGAUUCCAGCCCGUGGCGAAGAUGAUACCCCGGGCAACGACCUGGCCCCUGCCGAAAGAGAGAACUUUAUCGACAAUUAUAUGAAGCAAGCCAAAGCAUUGGCUUCGGACCUGGGCGUUGAGAAAUUCUCCACUAAUUUCCUCGACAAGGCUCUCGAGUUGCUCUAUUCCAGCAGUUUUGACGUCAAAGCGGCCCUUGCGAAAUUGAAGCACGUAAACAAGUACAAGGACCUCAAGGAACCUCAUCUGCGCCCUGAAGAGGUCAAGCUUUUCGAGCAGGGAGUCGCUAAGUUUGGAUCGGAACUUCGUAAUGUGACCAAGCACGUUGGGACAGUGCCACACUACCAGAUCGUUCGGUUCUACUACAUGUGGAAAAAGACGCCGCCUGGGCGUCAAAUUUGGGGGACCUACGAAGGCAGAAGGGGCAAGAAAGAAGCCAAGCGACAUAGCGCUGCGAAAUUGGUGGACGAUGUCGCGGAUGAUCAUGACGACUCGGCAUACGACAACGACAAAGCCGUCGAGAAGAAGCGUGGAUUUCAAUGCAAAUUCUGUUCAACGCGCACUUCGCGCCAAUGGCGACGCGCGCCAGGCGUCCCGCCUGGCACCACAACGCCUAGUGAGCCCUCAUCGAAGCAGCGGGAUAAAGGCCCACAGCUCACCGUGGCUCUAUGUUUGCGUUGUGCGCUCUUGUGGAGGAAAUAUGGUAUUCAGUGGGAGAGCGUCGAUGAAGUUGCUAAGAAGAUUGCUCAGAGCGGCAACAAGUCAUGGCGUCGUCGUGUAGAUGAGGAGCUUUUAACCCAGCUUCUCCUCUCGACCGAAACUCCUAUCAGCAUCAAUCCUGCAACUGCGGCUACGGCGGCCUCAAUCGGCGUCCCAGUAAAUGCCAACCCUCAGGUACAACAAGAAUCGACAAAGAAGAAGGGACGGAUCGCAGAGAAGGAUAGCACAGCAACAUCUACAGCGACAUCGGUGGAACCGCCUGCGCCGAAGAAGAAACCACCGAUUGAGAAGGCGCCGGAACCACCGCAGAUCAUGCCGGAUCCCCCCAAGGCGAAGACACUCCCAUGCGCCAUCUGCAACAAAAUGGAGCCAAUGGGCGAUCAGCACUUGUCUUGCCGAGACUGCCGAUUGACGGUGCAUCGGAGCUGCUAUGGUGUCAACCCUUCGCGCAACUGUCUCAAAUGGCUUUGCGACAUGUGCUCCAAUGACCGAGAGCCGAUUAUUUCGACCCGUUACGAAUGCGUGCUGUGUCCGAUAACAUGGACGGAACAUGAACUAAUGGAAGCGCCGAGAUCCACACAUAAAAAGAAGACUGAGCGCGAUCGUGAGAAGGAGAGACUCGAGAAAGAGUUGCUCACCGAGGCCAUCAAGCUCUACCGGCAGCGGCAAGAGGAUGUGGGCAAACCGAUAGGUCCGCGCGAGCCGCUCAAGAGAACAGCGGGCAACAACUGGGUUCACGUCGCCUGCGCCGUUUUCACCCCGGAGAUCAAGUUCGCUAACUCCAAGGAGCUUGAGCCAGCCGAAGGCUUUGGGCUUAUUCCUCCGGAUCGGUUCCGUGAGGUAUGUAAGAUCUGCAAGACAGCAGACAAAGGAGCAUGCGUGUCAUGCCACUACAGCAACUGCAAUGCCCGUUUUCAUGUUGGAUGUGCUUUCCAGGCGCAGUACAAAUUCGGCUUCGACAUCACGCCAGUGAAGAGCUCCCGACGGGAUACCGUGAACAGUGUGCGACUCGGAGAUGAGUAUGGGUCUGCGUCAGCGGGGAUCUGGUGUCCCCAUCACACAGUCCCGUCUGUUGUACAUGAGAUUGGUGAGCCAACCGAGGAAGAGGGCGUGAACGCGCUGCAACGUUACGUGCGGGCCUACAAGCAAGCGGACUUAACCCAGACUGGGACCGUUCGGAGAGCCAACUACGUGCAGCAGUCGGUCAGUGCAUCGCAUCACUCUGCAACAAAUCCUGGAAGCCGUCGGGUUUCGGCUGUCAACGGGGUGAUUCCUUUGUCGACUACCACGAAAGAUAACCACAAGAACAUCGCGACAUCGCCGGAAGAUGCACCAGAUGAGAUGGUUAUUGACUCCGAAAAUCAUGCCCCACGCCCUGUCGCCGACACCAAUUCGGCCCGAAAAUGCGCUCGCUGCUCCAGUACCUGCACCCCCAAAUGGUGGUCGAUUGAUAAAUCGCGACGGGCAGCGGAUCACAGGACGCCUUUGUUGAACGGGGUGGGCCUUAAUGAUACUAGAUAUCCCAGCGCUUCUUCGGUCAGUCCCCCAUACCUCUCUCGCAAGCCAUCCCAACCGGGCCUGCCGAGGCUCAACGGCGACUACGUGCCUACCGACAACAGCACGGUGUCAACUGAGGGAUCGCCGACGCUAGUGGAAUGUCACAAAUGUCAUCUUAAGAAGCCUGCAACUCAGCCGUCGCCAGAACCUCGACCGUCCCCAUACUCGGCUUCCCGCCCGGUUCUGUUGAACCCCCCAGUCCGCGAGUUCCACACUCACCCGUAUGGUCCUGGACCACACCACGCACAUCCGGCUCAGCCCAGUGUUCUUGCUAGACCAAUGGGCACGCCCUCCCACAGUGGCCCUGACUGGUACCCUGGUUACGACCAGCGAUCUACUGAUUUUGCGGAUGGCAGACUGCGCAACGGUUUGCCGGUGUCUGGCUAUCGCGGAGGGCCUCCUCCCCCGCCAGCGCACCACAUCAAUGGCUACCAACAAAGCCCGGCACACCAUGCUCCCCCUCCAGCCCCCCACUAUGUGGCAGGCACACACCCUCUUCCGCCCCAGCCCUACUCCGCCCAUCAAAGUCCCUACGGACCGGCCUCGAUGCCGUCGCCUCGCCCUUCGCACGCCGCCGGGCCCCGCCCGUAUGCACCUUCAGCGUCGCCUCCGGAUGUUCAGGCGACGAUGGUCCGACACUCGCCUUCACACACACUCAGCGCAUUGAACGGCGGGCCACCGCCACGAGUUUAUCCGGUUGACCGGGUCCGCGGAGCGUCAACCCACUCACCCCCGGUGUCACAAGCGCAUAUUGACCCUCGAGGUCCAACUCCUCCCGUGAAGCCAGACGAGGCACCAGGAGCAGGAGGACCGGGUUUAAUGAGCACCGGUAGACAUACGAACAGUGGUGGGACGAAUGGGGGCUCUGGCGCCAGUGCCAGCCCAUCCUUGAAGAAUUUACUUUCCUGA